AUGGUGCUAGAUGGCCUUGGCUAUACUGAUUUCUAUUGUUUUGGUAUUGAGACAGGAAAGAUCUUGUGCAGGAGGGCAGCAAUGAGACGCAACAAUGGCAAGAGCCCGAAGCUGGAGCUGAAGCUGAACUUGUCCCUGCGGACGACUUCGAGAAGGUUGGGAGCAGAGGAGGAGGAGUCCUUGGCGUCGUUGUCUCCACCAAGCUCGUGCGUGUCGUCGGGCUCCAACAGCCCAGAGGCGACGACCAUGGUGCUCGCAGGCUGCACCCGCUGCCUCAUGUACGUCAUGCUCUCCCAGGAGGACCCCAAAUGCCCCAAGUGCAAGAAUGCCGUCCUCCUCGACUUCCUCCGCGCCGCCACCACCACCACCACCGACGGCGGCAACAACAAUAUUAGCAAGAAGAUCAGAAAGACCUAA